AAAUAAGGAAUUUUCUCAAGAGUGUCAAGAAAUUGUAUGUGUGCAAUGAAUACGCCAUUCCCCAACUGUAAAAGCCUGAAAUGGUUAACUUUUGUGCUUAUUUUAUUCAGUUUUAAUCAAAAUACUAUUGGUCAUAAUCUCGCCAAUAGAUGUACAUUAUUUAGUGAAAUUGGAACGAAAAAUAUUUGUAAUAGAACUGAAUAUCUUACCAUAGAUGUGUUUCCAGAAAAUGAUUUUAAUGAAGCACCGUUUAAUUCUCAGUUAUUCAGCAACUUUUUAAACAUUAACAUAAGUAAUCAAUGUAAGGAUGGGAUAAUUAUGUAUUUUAAGGAGGUUAUAAAUUUAAAGCCAUGGGCCCUAGAAAUGUUGGAUGCAUCAGGAAAACUUCCCAGCAGUUUCUUUGGUCAAACAAUGAUCGACUAUGGAUCUCUAGAAGACUGCAUCAAAAUAAAGGCAAUUUCAAACGAUGGGGCUGGAUUAUUUACAGGCAAGUAUUGUAUGAUGCAUUUGCGUCAUCCUCUCUUCCAAACACCGAACCAUAACCCUCAAUUUGAAAAGAGCUACAAUCAAGCAUUCGGUGUACCUCCUGACUGGAUUAGAUACGAUAUUGAAAAUGACUUACCACUAAGAUUUGGUUUCUAUGGAGGAAUUUGCAUGCCAUCAUCAUGCACCGAUGAAGACCUAAACAAAGCGAUCAGUACUCUUUCAGAACCGUUGAAUUUAGAUGUUACUCUCACGGACUGUCAGGUAGAGGAACCUCUAAGAUUCCCUGUUUCAGCAAUACUUUCUAUGAUUUUUCUAGUUGUUUUGUUACUUGUUUGCGCAAGUGGUACAAUACUGGAUUUAAAGGACAGAAAAAGGAAGGAAAAUAAGCUGAAAUAUCCGGAAAGUUUAACCCGGCAAGUUCUGAAAGGUUUUUCGCUUUAUACUAAUACGAAAGAGUUAUUUGCGGAGAACGUCAAGAAAACAUCUUUAGACUACCUUAAUGGACUUCGGGUUCUACUUUGUGUAUUGACCGUAUGGGCACAUGCCAUGAUAUAUCCGACUUUUUGGAAGGAAUUGCGUUAUAGAAAUUUUCACUUAAUAUUCGAAUUUAUGGAUUAUAUUUUGGAAAAUAACGGCCCAGUUAUGGUGGACUGCUUUAUUACUAUCAGGUACUUAAAAUAUAUUGUACUCUAUCUUUACCCUGUUAGUACGCUUUCUAGGUUUCCAAUAAUAAUUUACUUAAAACGCACAAUAUUCGAAAAGUAUUGAAAUUCCUAAAUAUCUCAAGGAACGCACAUCGGAGCAAAGAACUGAAAAUACGCAUCAUAUCAAACACUUGUACAUCUGGUUAAAAGUAUACUAAUACGCAUCGGAUAAAAUAUCUGAAAAUAUACAUCGGGUCAAAAAUGUACUAAUGCACAUUGGAUAAAAAAAAAAUCUAAAAAUGCGCAUCAGAUCAAAAUUAUAAAAAUAAACCAGUGAAAUAUAUUUAAACAAUGUACUCAAUGAUACCAAACUCGACCUCAAAAUCUCAGGUCAAGAGAUAGCAAUUUCAAAAUUUUAAAUAAGAACCGUCAUU